ACAGAAAGUGGAGGCUGAGGCUGCGGUCAGGCGGGACUUGGCCGCCUCCUCCCUCCCUCCUUCCCUGCCUGCCUCCCGGCCUCGCUGCCUCCCGGCCUCCCUCCCGCGACCGCUCGGAGCCGUCCCGGCCCCAGCAUGGCGGAUCAAUUCGACCGCACUCCGGGCGCUGGUCGGGGCCGCGGAGGCGCGGCGGACGGCGGCGGCGCGGCCUGCCCCGGGAGCGACGGCUCCCCCGGCUCGGAGGCGGCCGAGGCGCCGCAGAACAAAACGGACGGCCCCCCGCAGCAGGAGGGCCUGCGGCCUCCCAAGACGGCGCCGCCGGGCAGCGGAGGCGCAGGUAACGCAGACCACCUGCAACAGACAAUAAUUCCAUCUGGAUCACAGGAUAAAGCUUCAGUUCCUGAUUCCGGACCAGAAAUGGCUAAACCUCAGGUGGCUGUGGCUCCUGUGGUAGUAUCAAAGCUGUCGGUUAAAGCACCUGAGUUCUAUCCAUCAGGAUACAACCAGAACUUCAGUCAGAACUUUGCAGUCCAUGUUGCUUCUCAGUCUCUCCUCUACUGUGGCAUUUUGAAGCCAGAAAGUAAAGGACAUCUGCUCACUAAGGGGGGUGGGGAGAAAGAAAAUAGAAUGAUAAACAUAAUAUAUGAUUCUUCCUAUGAAGAUGGAUAUGAUGGCUAUCUGACUUUGGCAGAAUAUGUACAAGACUUCCUAAACCACCUCACUGAGCAACCAGGUUGUUUUGAAACUGAAAUAGAACAGUUUGCUGAAACACUGAAUGGCUGGGUUACUACCGAUGAAGCUUUGCAAGAACUUGUUGAGCUCAUCUAUCAGCAGGCCACAUCUGUCCCAAAUUUUUCCUACAUGGGUGCACGGUUGUGUAACUACCUAUCUCACCAUCUAACGAUUAGCCCACAAAGUGGGAACUUCCGACAGUUGUUACUUCAAAGGUGUCGAACAGAGUUUGAAAACAGAGAUGAAGCUGCAAAAGGAGAUGAGGCUACUCGAAAACAAUUUCAUGCCUUUGUGCUGUUCUUAGCUGAACUUUAUCUUAACCUAGAGAUUAAAGCAACAAAGGGUCAGGUAACACGAGCAGAAAUUCUUCAAGAAGGCCUUCGAGAAUUACUAAAUGCACUUUUCUCCAAUCCUGUGGACAAUAAUUUGAUAUGUGCAGUGAAACUGCUGAAGUUAACAGGCUCAGUUUUAGAAGAUGCCUGGAAAGAAAAAGGAAAGGAUGACAUGAAUGAAGUGAUUCAGCGAAUUGAAAAUGUUGUGUUGGAUGCAAACUGUAGCAGAGAUGUGAAACGUAUGCUUCUGAAACUAGUAGAAUUGCGCUCAAGUAACUGGGGAAGAGUUCUUGGAACUUCUUCACAUACAGAAGCUACCCCUGAAAAUGACCCAAACUAUUUUAUGAAUGAGCCAACAUUUUACACUUCUGAUGGCAUUCCUUUCACUGCUGCUGAUCCAGAUUACCAAGAAAAAUACCAAGAGCUGCUUGAAAGAGAAGAUUUCUGCCCAGAUAAUGAAGAAAAUGGAACAGAUUUACCAGGAGCUGACUAUCUGUAUUUUGAUGACACUGAUGAUGAGAUGGAUCCAGAAAUUGAAGAAGCAUAUGAAAAAUUCUGUCUAGAAUCGGAACAUGAGAGAAAACAGUGAGACGUUAAACAUAAAUAUUAGUUUAUUAAAGCAGUUUAGGCAUGUUUAGAAUACAUGGGGAUAUAAAACUUGUAACAUUUGUACCAAAAUAAGGAAGUUGAGUUUCUCCAAGUACUAAAGAUACACAAUUUCCAUUUUGUUAAACAGAAUCUGCCAAAAAUUGUAAACUUAUGUCCUGUAUCUUAAAAUGUUGUGUAUAUAUCAUAGUUUAUUUUAUGUACAGGUAUAUGAACAAUGUUUUGGCUGCAAUAAAAAUUGACUUAAAAAGUGUCAUAAUGGAAAUUAAAAUUUAACUAAAGGGGAUUUGUCCCAUAUUUCCCUUUUUGGGAGAAAGGGGAAGAAUAACGUGAUCUAACUUUAAUUGCUUGCUUGCUUAUUCUAGUAUACAUUAGGAAUUAUUCAUCCUUUUUGCCAUAUACAAGCUAUCUUUUUUUUUUUUUUUUUUUUGCUAAGGAGAGUAUGGUCCAAAUAUGGCUUACCUGUUCUGUAGAUCAUGAGAAUUGGUUUGUUAAGGUUUUGUAUUGUGUGGGUUAUUUUGUGGUUUGUUUUUUUUUCUUCUUCCUCUCCCCAGACCUGUAGGGGUGAGGUCUGGACAUUUUUUCCUGGAAUAAACAUGUGAUAUGUUGAUAUUGUGGAAAAGCAAGCAGUAUUUUGAAAGUCAGGUGCUUUCAAGACAUUUGGUUCAGAUAAGCUUAUUUUCUACUUUUACAUGCAAAAAUGAUCCUUUUAAAUAACUUGCUGUGUUCUUCAAGAUUACAUGAAUAUAAUUACCGUUUAACUCAUGCUCCUCAAAAGUAUGUGCAGUGCUCAAUAUAUUUUUGAAUGUAUCUAACAUGUCUAACCUUCUGACAACCCUUGUAACUUUUUCCAUUCUUCUAAUUAUUUUGUAUAAUUUGUCCUGAUUUUGUAGUUUGAAUACAUUCAUAUAUUUCACAUAUGUUAACAUUCUGAAGCCAACUGCUCUUUUUUGACCCAAUAUAAUCAUGUUAGUGUCCCUAGGAUAUUCCAUUGUUGUUGGUGUUGCCAAACUCAGUUGUACUGUUUCCUGUUGUCUGUUACUGGUUAGACUAAGUAGAACCCCUUGCAAAAAAUAAAAUAAAAAAAAUAAAAAUCCCAAAAAGUAGCUACUGUAAAGAACAUGUUGUAAAUAUGCAUGUAAAUAAUUCUGUUAAUAUUUCACUGUAAUACGUUUGGUUAAAUAACUUGUGUCUGCUAAUACAGUGAGCACUGACUGUUUUCUGGAUGUUUAUUUAACAUUCAUUCAGGUUGGAGUUUUUGGAAAAUAAAAUUUAACUAGCUU